AAGUGAAUUCAGUGAUUCAGUGACAACCAGGGCUACACAGAGUAACCCUGUCUUGAAAAACAAAACAAAACUUGCUGUUGUCAGAAAAAAAAAAACCAGAUUCAAACCAAACAAAUUACAGUAUAAUUACUGUGGGAACCCAAGGGCUCUUUAAUGUAGGAACAUGAGUGUUCCACAGAACCAGAAGACUUGGGUUCUAAUCCCAAGAUUGUCAGUAAAGAUGGAACUUUGGACAAGUUAUUUAGUUAUAAUCAGUGUAUAUCUUGUAGGAAAAAAAAAAGAGAUGAGCCUGGUCAAAACAUGAUUUUAUACCUUCCAGACCUGUGGCGGGGUUUCUGUGGAGUAGUAGGUGUGUAUAAGCCGAGACUAUCAUCACUCAGCUGUUUCCCUUACAUAAAAUGUGUCCAGGUGACUAAUACAUGAUCUUUCUGAUCCACUCGCCUCUGUUGGCUCCUUUCUCUGCCCUAUUAACAGGAAACUUAAUAAAGAUGUGCGCUGGGCCUAGGGCUCAGUAGUAGAGUACUUGUUUAAUGUCACAGCACCACACAAAUAUGGUGGCAUGUUUUAAUUUUAAAAAUUGUUUUUCUAGUUACAAAUAGAAUAUGAGUUCAUCUGAAAAAUUUAGAAAACAAAAGUGAGAGUAAAGGCAAACACAUAAAUACAAACACAACCUUACUACUAUAAGAAAAGCGUGGUUCUGUCUUCCUAUGACUUUUCUGUUUUUACACACACAAACACACAUGCACUUGAAUGCACCAUGGCAUAUUGUGAAUGUAAUUUGCUGACUUUUCCUCAUGUUGUAUGUAUAUCCCUACAGAUAAAUGGAAUGCCCACAACUUUGUUCCCACAUUAAACUCAAAAGUGAAGCAGUGUUAUGUCAAUUUUGGAACAGCUAUAAUUAUAUUAUGCUACACAUUUUUGUUACCAUUUUUCUUUCUCUGCCCAGAAUGGAUUGGUUUCAUUGCAACCAGUGUUUCCGAAAGGAUGGGGCCCAUUUCUUUGUCACCAGCUGUGGCCAUAUUUUCUGUAAAAAGUGUAUGACUGUGGAAAAAUGUGCUGUUUGUGGAAGUCGUUGCAAGCAUCUGGCUCUUUCUGAUAAUUUAAAGCCUCAAGAGAAGAAGUUCUUCAAAAGCCCUGUAGAGACAGCUUUGCAGUGUUUUAGUCACAUCUCUCAGGUGUGGUGUUUCCAGAAGAAACAAACAGAUCUUCUUAUUGCCUUUUAUAAGGAUAGAAUUACAAAAUUAGAAGCAGCUGUGAAGGAGGCCCAGCAAACAGUGGCUAGCCAGAACAAAGAGCUAUCAAUCUUGAGAAAGGAGAAUGGAGAACUGAAGAAAUUUCUAGCCAUCCUAAAGGGAUCUCCAAGCUGCUACUACGGAAGCAGAUUAACCACACCUCGACCAGUGGGCAUUACUUCCCCGUCACAAUCAGUUGCUCCACGCCCAAGUUCACAGCAUAGCAGCCAAGUGGUCAGUCGCUCUUCUUCUAUGGAGUCCAUCCCUUAUACAGUGCCUGGCUUUGGUAAUGUGGAACAGGGAAGAGGCCUUCAGGAAAGGAGCACUCCCAGAGACUCUUACACUGAAACCCCUUCACCAGCUUCAACACAUAGCCUCUCUUACAGACCUUCAUCUGCCUCCUCUGGACAGGGGAUCUCUUUUAGACCAUUCCUCAUUGGGGACUCAGGCCACACAAGAGUCCUCACUCCCAACAAUUCUGGUCAGAGGGAAAGCAGAGCCACACCAGAGAAUCUUCCUGGUUUCCAACUUCCGGUCCUACAGACAUUCUACCAACAGAAGCAGACGGGAUUAGCCAGGAGAGAAGGAUGGAGCAUUUCCAGAUAGACAUCUCUUUCAGGUUUGAUCUAUGCAUAAUGCUCAAGGAUAGACUUCAGAGUCUAGUAUACCUACCAGGAGAUAUAGGUUUGGAACAUGUAUACCGGCUGUUUCUUGGUUUCAUUCUGCAGCUUGUUCUCUUAUACUUUAUAUUUUC